CCCCUCCCCCGACACCCAGAGCCACAAUGGCAGAGCUGCCGGUGUUGGAGACGCCCAGGGACCCUGCUCUGUGCAGUGGGCGCUUCACCAUCAGCACGUUGCUGGGGGGUGAUGAGCCCCCGCCACCGGCCACCUAUGACAGCAGCCACCCCAGCCACCUGACCCACGGCAGCACCUUCUACAUGCGCACCUUUGGCUACAACACUGUCGAUGUGGUGCCUGCCUACGAGCACUAUGCCAACAGCACCCUGCCCGGCGAGCCCCGAAAAGUCCGGCCCACGCUGGCCGACCUGCACUCCUUCCUCAAGCAGGAAGGCAGCCACCUGCAUGCCCUGGCCUUUGACAGCCGGCCCAGCCGUGAGAUGACCGAUGGGCUGGUGGAGGAUGAGACAGGUACCAAUGGCGAGAAGAACCCUGAGGAGCCUGUGCGCUUUGGCUGGGUCAAGGGGGUGAUGAUCCGUUGCAUGCUCAAUAUCUGGGGUGUGAUCCUCUAUCUGCGGCUCCCCUGGAUUACCGCCCAGGCAGGCAUUGUCCUGACCUGGAUCAUCAUCCUGCUCUCGGUCACGGUGACCUCCAUCACGGGCCUCUCCAUCUCGGCCAUCUCCACCAACGGCAAGGUCAAGUCAGGUGGCACCUACUUCCUCAUCUCCCGGAGUCUUGGCCCAGAGCUAGGGGGCUCCAUCGGCCUCAUCUUUGCUUUCGCCAAUGCUGUGGGUGUGGCCAUGCACACUGUGGGCUUCGCAGAGACCGUGCAGGACUUGCUCCAGGAGUACGGCUCGCCCAUCGUGGACCCCACCAACGACAUCCGCAUCAUUGGCGUGGUCACCAUCACUGUGCUGCUGGCCAUCUCCCUGGCUGGCAUGGAGUGGGAGUCCAAGGCCCAGGUGCUCUUCUUCCUCGUCAUCAUGGUCUCUUUUGCCAACUACCUGGUGGGGACACUGAUCCCCCCCUCUGAGGACAAGGCCUCCAAAGGCUUCUUCAGCUACCGGGCGGACAUUUUUGCCCAGAACUUGGUGCCUGACUGGCGGGGCGUGGACGGCAGCUUCUUCGGGAUGUUUUCCAUCUUCUUCCCCUCAGCCACAGGCAUCCUGGCGGGAGCCAACAUCUCCGGGGACCUCAAGGACCCUGCUGUAGCCAUCCCCAAGGGAACGCUCAUGGCCAUUUUCUGGACCACCAUUUCCUACCUAGCCAUCUCGGCCACCAUUGGCUCCUGUGUGGUUCGAGAUGCCUCCGGGAUCCUGAAUGACACGGUGACCCCCGGCUCAGGCGCCUGCGAGGGGCUGGCCUGUGGCUACGGCUGGAACUUUACCGAGUGCUCCCAGCAGCACAGCUGCCGCUACGGCCUCAUCAACCACUACCAGACCAUGAGCAUGGUGUCGGGCUUCGCACCCCUGAUCACGGCCGGCAUCUUUGGGGCCACCCUCUCCUCAGCCCUGGCCUGUCUCGUCUCUGCCGCCAAAGUUUUCCAGUGCCUGUGCGUAGACCAGCUGUACCCACUGAUCGGCUUCUUCGGCAAAGGCUAUGGCAAGAACAAUGAGCCACUGCGCAGCUACCUGCUGGCCUAUGCCAUUGCUGUGGCCUUCAUCAUCAUCGCUGAGCUCAACACCAUCGCCCCCAUCAUCUCCAACUUCUUCCUGUGCUCCUACGCCCUCAUCAAUUUCAGCUGUUUCCACGCCUCCAUCACCAACUCACCCGGGUGGAGACCCUCAUUCCGUUACUACAGCAAGUGGGCGGCGCUGUUUGGGGCGAUCAUCUCCGUGGUCAUCAUGUUCCUUCUCACCUGGUGGGCGGCCCUCAUCGCCAUCGGUGUGGUCCUCUUCCUCCUGCUCUAUGUGAUCUACAAGAAGCCAGAGGUGAACUGGGGCUCCUCGGUACAGGCUGGCUCCUACAACCUGGCCCUGAGCUACUUGGUGGGUCUCAGCGAGGUGGAGGACCACAUCAAGAACUAUCGCCCCCAGUGCCUAGUGCUCACGGGGCCCCCCAACUUCCGGCCGGCCCUGGUGGACUUUGUGGGCACCUUCACCCGGAAUCUCAGCUUGAUGAUCUGCGGCCACGUGCUCAUUGGACCCCGCAAACAGAGGAUGCCUGAGCUCCGGCUCAUCGCCAGCGGGCACACCAAGUGGCUGAACAAGAGGAAGAUCAAGGCCUUCUACUCCGACGUCAUCGCUGAGGACCUCCGCAGUGGUGUCCAGAUUCUCAUGCAGGCUGCAGGUCUCGGGAGGUUGAAGCCCAACAUUCUGGUGGUCGGGUUCAAGAAGAACUGGCAGUCGGCUCACCCGGCCACAGUGGAAGACUACAUCGGCAUCCUGCACUCUUGCUGUGCAAGGUCCAGAAAAUGCCUACCUGAGUUGUUUUCUGCAUUGACGUGCGACGCUUUUGAUUUCAACUACAGUGUGUGUGUCAUGAGGAUGCGUGAGGGGCUCAACAUCUCGAAGGUGAUGCAGGCGCACAUUAACCCCGUGUUUGACCCAGUGGAGGAUGGCAAGGAAGCCGGAGCCAGUGGAGCCAGGCCGUCUGUCUCCGGCACGGUGGACCCCGAGGCCCUGGUACAGGAGGAGCAGGCCAGCACCAUCUUCCAGUCGGAGCAGGGAAAGAAGACCAUCGACAUCUACUGGCUAUUCGACGAUGGAGGCCUCACCCUCCUCAUCCCCUAUCUCCUCGGCCGCAAGAAGAGAUGGAAUAAAUGCAGGACCCGCGUGUUCGUGGGGGGCCAGAUCAACAGGCUGGACCAGGAGAGAAAGGCGAUCAUUUCUCUGCUGAGCAAGUUCCGGCUGGGAUUCCACGAAGUUCACAUCCUUCCCGACAUCAACCAGAAGCCGCGGGCUGAGCACACCAAGCGGUUUGAGGACAUGAUUGCGCCCUUCCGCCUGAAUGAUGGUUUCAAAGACGAGGCCACGGUCACCGAGAUGAGGCGGGACUGCCCCUGGAAGAUCUCGGAUGAGGAGAUUAACAAGAAUAGAAUCAAGUCCCUUCGGCAGGUGAGGCUGAACGAGAUUCUGCUGGAUUACUCCCGGGAUGCCGCUCUGGUCAUCAUCACCUUGCCCAUAGGGAGGAAGGGGAAGUGCCCGAGCUCGCUCUACAUGGCCUGGCUGGAGACGCUGUCCCAGGACCUCAGACCUCCGGUCGUCCUGAUCCGAGGAAACCAGGAAAACGUGCUCACCUUUUACUGCCAGUAACUCUGGGCUCGGCUGCGCCUGCCCAAAGCCAGGGUGCAGGGGGCGCCCACCUGUCCACGGGGACAGGACACAUGCCCCAUCACACUUUAAGGGGUGGCAUCUGAUGAUCUGAUGGAAGAAGCUGGUACAUUUCCAAAUUUCAGCUAGACCCCACUCCCAUCAGACAAGUCCUCUGGGCUUUGUUUUUCUGGGCUGGAGAAGUAGCAGGUGGAGCUGUCUGGAAAACUCUCUGGUGGAUUCAUAUUCCUUUUAAGUUUUCUUUUGCUCUUGAUUACAACAAAUUAAGAUUUCAAUCUUUGAUUUGUAUACAAAUUUGAGUCUGAGUGCUGAGUGUGUGAAUUUUGGCAGUUUCUACAGACCUUUCCUGGGAGCACCCCCUAAACACGCCUCCCCCCUCCAAUGUCAGGAAAGUGGGCAGCACCCCACCUACAGCCCUUAACAGGGGGAAUACGGGGCUCGUUGAGCCUCCAUAACAAUGCAAAUUUAUUUAACCACCUCUCACUUCCUUCGCUUUCAAUAGCACGUCUUCAGUGUUGUGGUUGGUUCUUUGGUAGACCGGGACUUUCAAACUUUUUCAGACUGCAACCCACAGUAAGAAAUCUAUUUUACAUUGAGGUUUGGAACAAACACAGUGAAACUGAAGUGUCACAAAACAAUCCUUAUCCUUACUAUGAGUGAUGCACUUUGGUAUUUUCUAUUCUUUCUAUUUCUUGUUCUCCUUUUAAUGUUGGUUGCAAUCCACUAAAAUGAGUUUGGGAUCCA